UCUGUUUUUCCCCCGCUAGCUUCUGGCUUCAGGGAACGGUGCACGUCAAAGUGAAACCAAAAUGAACCCGGAGUUGAGGGGGAAAACCCACAUUAUACACUAUUUUUUCUUAGUGCGAUAGCAGCAAAGAGGACCUGACAGAACCUAAAAGACUUACAAUCAUGACUGAGUUGUCUACAAUCUACAAACUGUCCCUGGUGACUUUUAUCUGCUUCAUAAAAGCCUGCAGCAGCAGCAGCUGUCCAGUGUUGGAGUGCUGGUUUGUUCAGGAGAAAACUGGUCGAGGAGGAGGUUUAACUGGAGCUACAAGCCAGGAAAAGUCCCUGCUUCACAUCAGGACAGACGCACACAGCCACACAACCAAGUCCCAACAGGCUCCAUCUGACAUCAACCCCGACAGAGUCUACUCUAUCACCGACCCAGCAGCCACGCUCUGCCACCACUCUCUGAACCCUCCCAGAGGCUCGGUGGAGAAGCCCCAGUGUGAGAUCAACCCCUUCUCACCGCAGCCCUCCGACCUCAAAUGGGUUGCUCCACUCACAGACUCCGGCUUAAGCCCCAUAUACCUGGAAGCUGAUUGGUUUUCAACUUCCCUGCAGGGCCUCAACAAACAGGUGGCCAUUUCCACGAUCAUGCGCGCUCCAACAGCAACUAAAGAGCACAAUGUGAUCCUCAGUGUGACCAGCAACACGGUGUCAGUGCAGUCCAGGCUCGGGGAACCAGUGCUGCUGGAUUGCGGAUUCUGGGUCGACUCUUCCUCGCCUCUAUCCGGGUCAGGUUUUGCCGUGGAGUGGCGCUACCAGUUCAGAGGCGACGGACGAUUGGUUCUGGCCUACGACGGGAAAACAGACCGCUUGGCUGAUGCAAAAGAGAAAGGGGCCACACUGGACUUUGAGGGACUGCACGAGAAAGGAAAUGCGUCUCUGAUACUUCAGGAAGCUGAAGUGCGUCACUCCGGGAUGUAUAUCUGUUCGGUGUAUCUACCACACAUUGUGGCUCAGGUGACGUUGGAGCUUGAAGUUGUAGAACCUCCCUCUGUGUCCAUCUACCCGUCCCCUCUCCCCCUCGCUGUUCAAGGCCAGACUUUGACUGCUCAGUGUGAGGCGUCCGGCUUUGCCCCCCUUUCCCUGGAACUGAGCUGGGAAUUUCAAGGCAUCGAUGGGAAGUCCAGGCCUCUGGGAUCAGGCAGCGUUACGGGCCACAGGCAGGCCUGGGAUGGAACCUACAGCCAGAGCAGCCGGCUGGAGCUUGACACGACUAAACUAGACCUGGGCCGAGGAGGGGAGGUCAUCUGUGUCGCUGUCCAUCUUGGAGGCAAAAGACAGGCCAGCGUGACCCUCAAUAUCAUCGGUUUCAGUACUCCCUCCAUCGAGGACUCCAUGGGAAUGGUCGGUGUAGCGGUAGUCCUCUACGGUCUUAUCAAGUUUGUCUCUUGGACCUUCACCAGCUCAGGCUCAGAUGUGGCUGGCCAACAAGAGAAGAAGGACAAGUAAAGAAGAGUGAAGUCCACUGCUGUGAAAUUGUGAUACUGAUCCAGGUUUGGAUGGAGUUUAGCAGGAAAUAUCCCCCAUAUCAUUGUGUUUUCACUGAUCCAGAGGGAAGCUUGCUUGCUUUCAAUAUUUUGCUUUUAAGACAAUAAUUCUUAGGGAUUGAAAUUCUGUUCUGCAAGAUUUUUUCAAAAAUGGCUUCUGCUCAGUCUAAAUGUGUUAGUUGGUGUUAGCUUUAUGCCAUGUAGCUGGUAAAGGACCAGAAACUGAGAGGAUUUAAAAUGGUAAUGUUUUGAAAUAUCAGCUACAAUUUGGGGGUGUAAACCCUUCCAUAUGAUGCAACCCUUUGUUAGAAAAAAGAACUUAGAAAACUUAGAAACUUCAACUUUGGGUAAUAAUAAAGAGGGAGCAUAAAAAUAAAUAAAUAAAACUUAUUUUAAAAAUGACCCAGGAGUAAAAAAAAAAAUAUAUAUAUAUAUUAGACCUAUGUCAAAACCACAAACUGAAUCCUGUUUUUGUAAAUUUGGUGUGUGUAUUGUGAAAAAAGAAUUUAUGUGUGUUUGUGUGUCACGCUAUUACUUUUGCAACCUGGUAGAAAUGACGCUUUUACAGCCCAGGUUAAGUUACAAUUGUAGGUAAUAGUACAAACAAAGCAUGUGUUUACUGAAGGGAACAUUCAAGAUGUGUUUAAUUAUCUUAAUUUAAGUGUGAAUUUGAAAAUAAAUAAAAGUUUUUUAAAAAA